GAAAAACCAUUUUCCUGUGAAAUUUGUGAUAAAAAAUUUACCCGCCAAAAUACUUUAAAACAACACAAACGAAUUCACUCGGGGGAAACCCCUUAUUUAAGUGAUAUGUGUGAAAAAACAUUUUCAUGUUAGGUUUGUGAUAAAUCCUUUACUCAGUCUCAAGGCUUAAUUCAGCAUAAAAGAAUUCAUAGCGGUGAGAAACCAUUUUCUUGUAUUAUUUGUGAACGAAAAUUUUGUUGGAAAAGUAGUUUAUUUGUACAUAAACGAUCUCAUAUUAAAGAAAAAUCAUUUCAAAUUAAAAAAUUUUCGUGCGAUUUUUGUAAAAAGGCAUUCAGUCGACGAAGUAAUUUAAGAAGACAUGAAAGAAAUCACGCGAGAGAAAGAAAGGAAAUUCUUGAAGGCGAAAAUGUACAAAUUAAAGAAGAAAUCAAUUUGGAGCAAGUUGUAAUUAAAGAGGAAAUAUUAGAAGAAAAUGGUCCAAUGGAAGAUGAAACCCAGAAAUUAGAAGAUAAAACUCAUUCAAAAUCUGAAAAAAACAAACCAAAAUGUCCGUUUUGUAAUAAAAUCUUCAGCCAACGAAGUAAUUUAAUUGUACAUCAACGCACUCAUACCGGAGGAAAACCAUUUUCAUGUGUAGUUUGUGGUAAAACGUUUUCUCAGUCUCAUGGUUUAAUUGAACAUAAACGAAUUCAUACUGGUGAAAAACCAUUUUCCUGUGAAUUGUGUGAUAAAUCAUUUAAUCGACGAAGUAUUUUAAUUGCCCACAAACGAACUCAUACUGAAGAACAACCAUUUUCAUGUGAAAUUUGUGGGAAAAAAUUUAGGCAACUAAGUGGUUUAUUUAAACAUAAAAGGAGGAUUCACAUCAAGGGUGAUUUUGCUAAUGAAAAUGUUGCAGAAGAAAAUGUUCGAAUUAAAGAGGAAAUAAAUUUUGAUCAAGUAUGAUCAUUAAUUACAGUUGAAAACACAAACAAAUUUGAUCCCAUCUUAUUGGAAUUUUUGUUGAUUCCAAAAUUAUUUA